AGUAUGGCUUUACAAUGCAUUGUCCUUUUUCAGUUACCUCUUUCAGUUCCCACAGACAGUCUGUCUCUCUCUCUUUCUGGUUCUGAUUUUUUGGUGUUCUUCUCACCAACCCAAGCCAGAAAGGAUUUUUGUAGCUCUAUAUUAAGUUAGAAGGUUUGGGUUUGGAUUUGAAUUGGAUUUGUGUAGGGAGGAGGAGAUUAAAGAGCAAUGAGUGGGGGUGGAGGAGAGGAAGAGACAACAUUGGAGUUCACUCCGACGUGGGUGGUCGCCGCCGUUUGCACCGUCAUCGUCGCCAUUUCUCUCGCCGUCGAACGCCUACUCCACUUCACCGGAAAGUACCUGAAGAAGAAGAACCAAAAGCCUUUGUAUGAAGCCCUACAGAAAAUUAAAGAAGAGCUGAUGCUGUUGGGGUUUAUAUCCUUGCUAUUGACUGUGUCUCAAAGUCGCAUAACCAAGAUUUGCGUGCCUGAGGAUAUCAUGCGCCACUUACUUCCCUGUUCAUUAUCAGAUAAAGCAGUUCAUGCUGCCCCAGAAACAAAUUCCCAUCAUCGCCGCUUGCUUUCAGGAGGAGAUAGCGUUGGCUACUGUGCUAAAAAGCAUAAGGUCCCAUUAUUAUCUCUGGAAGGUUUGCAUCACCUGCACAUCUUUAUCUUUGUCCUUGCAAUUGUGCAUGUUACAUUCUCCCUUCUCACCAUUGUAUUUGGAGGAGCAAAGAUACGCCAAUGGAAGCACUGGGAGGAUGCCAUUGCCAAGCAUAAUUAUGAGAAUGAGAAUGUUGGGAAACCGGCUGUCACCAAUGUCCAGCAACAUGAUUUCAUCAAGAAUCGCUUUGUGGGUCUGGGUAAACGGUCAAUCAUCUUGGGUUGGUUGCACUCUUUCUUUAAGCAGUUCUAUGGUUCUGUCACCAAGUCAGAUUAUACCGCACUUCGUUUGGGAUUCAUUAUGACUCAUUGUAGGGGAAAUCCAAAGUUCAAUUUUCACAAGUACAUGAUUCGUGCCUUAGAGGAUGAUUUCAAGACGGUUGUUGGUAUUAGUUGGUAUUUGUGGGUAUUUGUGGUUAUUUUCUUAUUGCUGAAUAUUAAUGGUUGGCAUACAUAUUUUUGGAUCGCAUUCAUCCCUUUCAUUCUCCUACUUGCUGUUGGCACGAAGUUGGAGCACGUAAUCAUCCAAUUGGCUCAUGAGGUUGCUGAGAAACAUGUUGCCAUAGAGGGUGAAUUGGUUGUGCAACCUUCGGAUGAGCACUUUUGGUUUGGUCGGCCUCAAAUUGUUCUGUUCCUGAUACACUUCAUUCUCUUCCAAAAUGCUUUUGAAAUAGCGUUUUUCUUCUGGAUUUUGGUGCAAUAUGGUUUUGAUUCCUGCAUAAUGGGGCACGUUAAAUUCAUCAUCCCUAGGCUCGUCAUAGGAGUAAUUAUUCAGGUGCUUUGCAGCUAUAGCACACUGCCUAUCUAUGCUAUAGUUACACAGAUGGGAACCCAUUUCAAGAAAUCGAUAUUUGAUGAGCACAUCCAAGUUGGGCUCGUCGGUUGGGCUCAGAAGGCGAAACAAAGGAAGGGACUGAAAGCGGCAUUUGGUGGCAUCAAUCACGGGGGGGCUUUGACGGAUGGUUCCUCGACGGGAGUGCAGAUGGGAGGCGUUGGACGCAAGGAAUCUGGCUCGACUGAUGGUGCCUCUGUCAGAGCGCUGCAGCAGAUGGGAGGCGAUGGGAGUAAGUAAUGUACAAACUAGCUAUAGAACAAUCAUUGUGGGCAAGGUAAGGUUAUGGGAUGAUGAGUAUAUCAAAUGGAAACCUGAUACUUUAUUGCAAAGUUAUGUUCUCAUGAGUUUUGUUUUAUCA